AUGAAUUACUUUUCACCCAUCACGGACCAUGUCGUCUCCCAGGAUGGCUUUCAAGCUAUCUUGGACCUUGCCGACGACGGAUAUUAUAACAACCAAACAAGGUCGGCCAACUUCGGACAGUCACCCGAAGCUAUCAGCCGACUAGAUGAUACUAAUCCUGACGCUGUCGCCAACUUUUAUACCUAUCCGGAACCUCCCCCUUUUGUAGAGGAAGAUUUACCUGAUGCCGACUGGUCUCACCACUUUGCUCCCACUACCAGUGACGUGCAGGACCUUCAGGACGAGGGAGUCACACCAUCCUGUGAUGAGGUAGCUGGAAACAUCACUUCGGUUGUUGGCACUGUCAACCAUGACAAUCUCCCCCAAAGUCUACCUCCAGACUCUCUUCACAUUCUCAACUUUUCGGAGCCUCAAGCGCCCCGGGUCACACACCCUGCACUCAAUGAACUCGAUAGCAUGCCCUCUCCUGCCCCAGACAUCGCACUAAGCACUCCAUCUUCAUCAGACAACGAGAGAUGCAACCCAUCUCCACCGAACAACGAAGGCCGCGAUCUCGAUGUCCGCGGUCGUCGCUACCACUGCUCCAAUUGCGGUACCUCUUCCAACACAAAGCGCGACCAUGAGCGCCACCUCUCGACCAAGAAGCAUCAGAAGAAGACCGGCAACGGUAGCGGGGGCAGUAGCGGGAGCGGGUCAGCUUCUCCCGUCCCAGGGUACCAUUGCUUGGCACCAAGCUGCGAAUACUCUCGUGGGGGAGGAAAGACGUUCACUCGGGAGGAUAAUCUGUGGAGACACAUGAAGACUGCGCAUCAUCUCAAGGCGCGAGCGUGA